AUGGAAUACAUUGGGACCAAGGAGAUUAGCGAUGAUAAAUUCAGAAGUAAGGACUAUUUCCUACUGGACACCAUUGGAGGCGCGUUGGAAGCGGACGCAGUAGCUUCUAGCCAUCCGCUUUCCUUCAGUAUAGACAAAGCUGCAGAAGUGUAUGAAGCUUUUGACUCUAUCACAUACGAUAAGGGAGCGUCGAUUCUUACUAUGCUGCAGGCUUUAAUUGGAGAGGAUAACUUCAGACAGGCCAUUACGCGAUACAUCAAGAAAUUUUCGUACAACAACGCACAAGCUUCCGAUCUGUGGGAGGUUUUUGACGAACAUGUAAAAAAUAUAACAGGCCCCGACGGUAGUCCAAUGAAAACCACUGAAUUCGCCUAUCAGUGGACGACUCAGUUGCGCCUCAGCCUCCUUUCUUCUCAAAAUCUGCCAUGUCUUUUGAGUAUUCCAGAUGCGUCCUACAGUCAGUGUUUCGAGCGUUCAUCGCAACGACUCUUAAAAGCUAACGCACGUCGCUAUAACAAGAAGAAUAAAGAUGCUCAGGAGUUGGAAAAGUAUCGCCAUCCAAAAUAUGGAUUCAAAUGGGAUAUUCCUCUUUGGUAUCAGGAGCACGAUAAGCAAGUAGAGCGGACCUGGUUGAACAGAGAGGAACCGCUUUAUCUUCACGUCAGCAAUACUGAUAAACCGGUCGUGGUGAAUGCUGAUCGGCACGGAUUUUACCGGCAAAAUUACGAUCGAUACAUCAAGAAAUUUUCGUACAACAACGCACAAGCUUCCGAUCUGUGGGAGGUUUUUGACGAACAUGUAAAAAAUAUAACAGGCCCCGACGGUAGUCCAAUGAAAACCACUGAAUUCGCCUAUCAGUGGACGACUCAGAUGGGUUUCCCUACAGUCACUGUUGAGUCGUUCAAUGCAACGACUCUAAAAGUAACGCAACGUCGAUACAAGAAGAAUAAAGAUGCUCAGGAGUUGGAAAAGUAUCGCCAUCCAAAAUAU